CAAACUCCGACUUCCCCUCUCCCCAUCACUCAAACUCCGAAAGCUAUGCCUUCGAGAUCGAUAUUCGGGAUCUUACUCAUUGGACUGAUUGCUUCUUCCGUGUACGAGAGGAUCAAUCUGAUUCAGACCUUCUAUCAAAAUGCCCCCUCGCGUAUCACCAAGGUGAACAACAUCGGGAAAUAUGAGAUCAAAUUUGAGGAUCAGAUAAGGAGUUGCGAGGAUGUUCUACUCAUCGAGGAGUAUCAUCUUGCAAUUCUUGCCUGUGAUCCAGGACGAGAACGGCACAACACCGUCAUGGGAGUCUUUGCAGGAAAUGUCACCAAAAAUGCCGAGCUUUGGGCAUAUGACUACACAAUCACCGACGGCCCUGAAACUGAAUCCCUCAGGCGCAUCAAACUAGCUGGAUUCCCCCAUGCAUCCGACUUUCACACCCUGGGCAUGGCAUUUGAUCUUGAGACAUCGAAUCUCUUCGUCGUGAGCCAUGCCGUCGCAGGAUCACGUAUUGAGCUCUUCAAUCUCGACAUUGGAUCAUUGACUGCUAGUUACAUCCAGACCAUUCAGCAUCCUCUAAUUAAUGCGCCAAAUUCAAUCGCCUCUAUCAACGGACAUGAGUUCUACGUGACCAACGACCACUACAUCACCAAGAAGCAGUCAUUCCUGCUCAGCAACCUGGAGACAUACUUGAGCCCACCUACAGGUACAGUAUUACUUGUAAAUCUCAAUGAUUUAGACAUCGAUGUUAAAGUUGUCGCGUGGGUUCCUUUCGCCAACGGUAUCGAGAUCCUCAACAGUUCAACCGUUGCGGUGGCGUCAUCCUCACGAGCAGCCGUUUAUAUGUUUAACACUUUAGACGCCACAAAGCUCAAAGAGACCUCCAGGAUAAGACUUCCUUUCAUACCAGACAACCUCUCCGGAUCUGGUGGAAAGCUCUUGAUUGCAGGGCACGGCCACAUGCCCGCCCUGGCAAAGUUCACGCAGUCACGUCGUUUCUGCAACGACCCCUUUGAAUACGAACGCGCGGACCCUACUGUAAAGGAGUCCUGUCGUAAUCUGCAGGCUGUUUCUUGGGUGUCUGAAUGGAGUGAGAGUGAAGGGCUGAAGCACUUGUAUGUUGACACUGAAUAUCCGUCCAGCUCGACUGCUGUCAAGGACGGUGGAAAGGGGGUUGGAAUUAUCAGCGGCCUCUACGCCAAAGGUAUUCUGAUUUGGAGAGAUGACAAAUAAAAACAUGCUGGCUUUGUGCUUAUCGCAGAGUAUUGGAAAGAAAGGCGAGAUCUAGAGGAGGAGAAAAGUGUUCAGAGGGCGAAGGAUUGGAUGUGAUCGUGGAUGCCAAGGCAUCUUAGUAGGUAAAUUCUUAAAGCCUGCUUUGAUUAUUCACUAUACAUACGAUUGAGGGCACAUUGAAUGAUGGUCAGCAUUCAAAGUUGGGAACGAGACUGAACAACGGAGUUGUGUAACAUCUUCGGCCUUUCACCAUCUCGAGCACUGUCAAAGAACAACACCGGAUGAAGGAUUCAGAAAGGGACCAGACAAGUAUUCGACAGCGCAUUUGUAGUCUCAUGAUAUUCUUCAGUGAACAAGUCCAGAGACUCAGGUAUAAAUUUCCCCAUUUCGUAGAUUUUGGACGGAAUACGCUCCAGUUCAUCGUAUCUAGACCUCAAACUGCCAAGAGACAACGCUAUUAUACAUUAUGAGUUCUAUCACCA